UGUGAAUCUAUUGAAAAAAUCGACUGCAAGUGUCACAGAAAAUGUGAUGAUAAGAGGGACAGCGGACCCGUCACAAUCCCUAUUUUGAGAAAAUACACUCUUUCGCAGCAAAAAUCUUUUUUCUUAUCGAAAAACAGUGUAGAAUGAAAAUGAAUUCUGUAUCUUAUACUUUUAAAAAGUGACAAGUGUACUUUUCAGCUUCUUAAAAAGUCACUUUGGCACAUCUAACCACGGUUUUUUUCUUGGGUAUAUUCUUUCAAGUGCCCCUAAUAUGUACUGUUUCGUCCAAAAUGUAAAGGUAACGAGGAACCUCCCCACCUGUUCCCUUGCCAUUUCCAUGAUUUUCUGUCUUUAGAUACUGCAUAGUGUGGUAAUAAAAAUCCUAAAAGAAUUUCGAUUCCUAUUGAGAUUUAGCAAAGCUAUUAGAUUUUUAAUAUAUCUAAUUAUUUAGGACCCUAGGUCUCGGGAAAAGUUGUAUUUUCGAAUUUUCAUCUGAAACUUUAUCCAUUUAGAGAUCUCCAGUAGACUAGCUUCCAUAAAAAAAAAUGCAGAAGUUUUUGAACAGAGCUACUUCCAGAUACAUGACUUCCAAAAAAUGUAUAUUAUAUAUUCUAUUUAUGGAAAAGACCUUAUAUCCAGAAAAUUUAACAUCUUGGAGAGACUUUGUUCACAAUUUCUGAAUGUUUUUUAUAGAAGCUAGUCUACUUGAGAUAUCUAUAUGCAUAACAUUUCAGACCAAAAUUCAAAAAUACAACUUUUCCUAAGACCUAGGGUCCGAAAUAAUUAGACAUUAAAAAUCCAAUAGCUUUGCUAAAUCUCAAUAGGAACCGAAAGCUUUUAAGGGCUUUCGCUAGCACACUAUGUAGUAUCUAUAGGCAAAAACUCAUUCAAAUUGGAAGAGAGCACCCAAUAGAGCCCGUCGGGUAGGACCCGGACCCGGACCCUACCCGGACCCGCACGGGUCCGGGUCCAAAAAUUUUACUUUGGCCGGGUCCGGGUCCGGGUCCAAAAAUUUUAUUUUGACCGGGUCCGGGUCCGGGUCUGAAAAUUUUGCUUUAACCGGAUCCAGGUCUGAAGAAAACUUUGAUCCAUACAAUUUAUUUUGAAUUUUUUUAAAGUUUUGUUCGUUUUAUACAAAGAAGAGAUCAAAUGUAUUUAGAAAAUAGAUAAAAAACAACAAAACCCUUCUUGACUAUACUAUCUAAACUGACUUGUCAUUGUGUUUGGAUCCAAAAAACUUAAGCGACCGGGUCCGGGUCCGGGUCCAGCAACCUGUAAACGGGUCCGGGUCCGGAUCCGGGUAGAAAAAUUUUAAAUGAUCGGGUCCGGGUCCGGGUCCAAAAUCCUGGGCCAGGGUCCGGGUCCAAAAAUUCUGGACCCGACGGGCUCUAGCACCCAAGGAGGUUCUCUCGUAAGCAAUAUCUUUGACAUUGUUCUUUUUCUAAAGCAGAUCUCUCGACUCCUAACGGAGGAACUAUAUGAUUCACCGACACUCCAAGCAAGCUACUCGUUAACGCAUCGUCGAAACUGAAACUAAAGAAAAAUAUACUUCUUUUUGCAGUAGAAUCGUUUUUAAAGUAAGGCUGUUUUCUCAAAAGACACUUUUUUGACUGUUUCUCACCGACCACAACUCUGUUUCAAAAGAAAAUGAGGUACCCCAAUGGUGUACCUCAUUUUAAAAAUAUUUGUACCCCAACUGUACCCCAUUUGAAAAUUAGGAGUUGGCAGCCCUGAUGGAUAAGCGAAGUUGAAUAUAUAGAUACGAAAGGAAAGGAAAAGACGACAGAACGAAAAAAAAUAUUUAGAGAGAUAUAGACAGAACGAAAAGAAUAGCUGUUUUCACUGAGAAAUCGUAUUUUAAAAAUUUUUGCUGGGGACUUGAGAAUACCCAUUCGAGAUAAUUACGGACUCUUGCUCAACUUUUUACGCUCUUUCCAACGAUAUAAUUUUUAUGGGGUCGGCACGAAAUAAAAUUUUUUGACCCAAUUGAUAUGAAUAUUCUAAACUCAAUUUUUUUUCUAUGAUAAUUUAGAGUUUUCCUUGGAUAUUAAAUGAAGGUGAAAUAAAUCCAAGUACUACAAUUAUUUUUACUGAUUAUGAUGAUCCAGCACAAAGUAAUACAAUACCAUUUCGUGUUGAAAUUUUAAGUCCAUCAAAUUUUACAUUAUCUGGUUAUUCAUUAAUAACAACAAUAUCAAUUAUUGUUGAUGAUAUAUUAAAUACAUAUCCAAUAUCAGAUGGUUUUAAAACAAUAAAUGUACCUUAUGUUAAUGGUUAUAUGAAUUCAUUACGAAAUGUUUCACUUGGUUUUUUAACUACACCUGACGCACUUUAUCCAGGUUCAUAUACAAUACAUGUUGAUGUAACGAAACCUAUAGCAUCAUCAACAGAUUUAAGUACAAUUGAUCUUUCAGUUAGAAGUAUUUAUGGUGAAUUUGUUCGACAAGCAGCAACAAUUCGUGUUCAAGGUGAAUAUUCUGAAACAUUAAUUGAUCCAUCAAUUGGUAAUCGUCUUAGUACACUUCGCAAUGCACUCGCAUCAUUUUUACUUGUUACUACUGAUUCAAUUAUUAUACUUGCUAUACGUCCAGUUUAUCAAUAUCGUAGUCUAUAUUGUCCACCAUUACCAUUUAAUCAAGCGAAAAAACGAGCAUUAACUGAUGUUAUUUUUUAUGUAGCAUCAUUAAAAAAAAUGAUAUUGAAAAUACAUUAA